AUGGCCCGCCAUCCUCACCCCCAUCCCCACGCGCCCUCAGUUCCCCCCAUACCUCCCCGUGCCCCCCUCCAUGCCCACGCGCCCUCCAUGGCCCCCAUACCCCCUCCAUGGCCCGCCAUCCUCACCCCCAUCCCCACACGCCCUCCGUUCCCCCCAUACCUCCCCGUGCCCCCCUCCAUGCCCACGCACCCUCCAUGGCCCCCAUACCCCCUCCAUGGCCCGCCAUCCUCACCCCCAUCCCCACGCGCCCUCCCUUCCCCCUACACCCCCUGCGCCCCCCUCCACGCCCACGCGUUCUGCGUCCCCACCACAAAAAUGGGCUUCCGGGGGCGGGGCUGCGCCUGCGCACAAACCACCACCACCACGGGGCAGCUCCCAGGGUGCUGUGCGGCGGACUCCCGCGAGGCCCUGCGCGGCCGCCUGGACCCCGCGGAGGGGACACGUGGGGUCGCUGUGUGUUGCCGCAGGUUCCCGCGGGGUUGUGGGCGGUGGGCUCGGCCCUGCCCCCGCUGCAGCCCGCCCAGCCCCGGCCGCUCCCCUGGACACUGCCGCUCGCUGUGGGUGCGGGACCGGCGCCUUCCAAACCCUGCAGAGCAGACCUUCCGUGGUGGUCCUGUACCCCAAGUUGCUUCAACUAGUACUUCAGCAUCACCUGAAAACCUCAGUUGCUUGAGGACACACGUCCCUCCUGAGCACCAGGCCACCUGCUUCCUGAAUGUGCCCCCUCGCAAGCUCUCCCGUGAUCUCAGACCCAGCACCUUCCACCGCAUGGUUGAUCCCCUGUCCUGUGUUCCUGACCUCACAGGAUGAUAACGUUCACCCACAUGUCAGGCCCGAAACGCUAGUGGUCAUGCUUCAAGUCAUCAUCCUCAUGUCCGGAAAGUUCUUAAGUCAUUUAUCUUUAAAGCCCUCUACAUUUCUUAACCUGAAUUACUGCAACUGCCCCCAUUGCUCUGCAGUCCGUCUGUAUUACCACCCGGGCAGUCUUUUCAAACUGGAGUGUUAUUAAUGUUCAUUUCUCUGUUAAUAAUUCAAUGUUUUCUGUCCAAACCAAACAAUGUUUUCUGAAAUCCAAACCUUAUGGAAUAUACUUAGGGCCCUGGUCUAUUUGACCUCUUGUCCUCCAUUUUUCCUGGGAUUGGACUCUCACCAAUACUGCACACUUCAUUCCAACCACACAAAAUUACUUGAGUUUUCAGUACUAGCCAUAGUGCUUCAUGCAUCACCAUCAGUAUUUCUCAACCUCCACAGUACUUACAUCUUGGGCCAAAUGGUUCUUUGUUGUAGCCGACUGACCUGUGCAUUGGAGAAUGUUAAGGAGCAUACUCGACCUCUGCCCACUAGAUGCCAGUAGCCGACCCACCCCACCUGGUUUUGACAAAACAAAAAAGCAAAACCUUCAGCUUUUACCAAAUGUUCCCUGAAAAAUAGUCUACACUUGCAAUCAACUGAUAUAUGCAUUUACAAAUGCUUUCAGUUUUGCCUAUGUUCAAUAGAUGUCUGAUAGACAAUCCCAAUUUGAGAAUAGGUGAAGGAAUGACAAUAAAAAUAAAACAAAUUCACAAAGUGGGUCAUUUUGCAAAUAACUGAUCUUAUCUCUUCAAAAAUCAAUGUUACUUACCAGAUAGAACAAAUCAUUAAAAAUUUAAAGUGAAGACUGCCAAAAAUGGUAAAUAUGUGGAUAAAUAUUAAAUUACCUUUUUCUAAAAUAAAUUCUUGGUAGCUUGCUAUUUAAGCAAAAGUAAUACCUAAGUAUGAUGAUAUAAUAAAAAAAUACAGCAUAUAUAGAAACAAAAUGUAUUACAAUAGCACAGAAGGUUGGAGAGGGAGAUGAGAUAGGUUAUUAGAGGUUUUUACAACAUAAGUGAAUUGGUAUCAUUUCAGGGUAGAUAGUGGUAAGUUAAAGAUGCAGACUUGUGAUACUGUGAUUUAUAAUAAGAAAUUUAUAUUUCUCUGUCCCAUUUCUGGCACAGAGCUUCUAAAACCCUUGGAAUUUCCUAAGUGAUGAGAGUGAUCAAGGUGUCUUUUGUUAUGUUAAAUCAGGUGACUUUAGAAAGCACCUGAUUUAGGUGCUUUAGGGAACUCAGCCACCUGCUUAAAAUGUAAUUAGAAGGUUAGAAUUUACAGAUCCACUCUCAGUCUCUGGGAGGGAGAAGGGCUGGAGGUUAAAUUCAUUACCAAUGACCAAUCAGUAUAAUCAAUGAUGUCAAUGUCAGGAAGCCUCCAUAGAGACCCAGAAAGACAAGGUUGAGAGAACUUCAGGGUUGGUGAAUACAUACAGGUUCAGGGAGAUGGUGGAUUUGAAGACAGCCUGCAAACUCUGUGCCCUUUUCAUAUAACUUGUCCAGUUUCUCUCAUUUGGCUGUUCCUGAGUUCCUUUUAUAAUAAACCAGUAAUAAGUAAAA